GUGUUAUCCGACAUUCGCUUCGGCGACAACUCUCACCUCGGCUGUAUCCAUAGACUCUUCGCCGGUGACUUUGCGCAGAUCUUACCAGCCAUCCAGCGGGGUAGCAGGGCUCAGACAGAAGCCAGCCUACAGCGGUCAUUCCUAUGGCCCUCCCUCCGUAUCCCAGCGUUACAGCAGAUCAGGGUCUGGGAGGGUGAGGUAAAUGAGGCUUCUGCUUUAUGGGUCCAUCAGCUG